CACACACACGUCUGCUCAAAUCGUCUUGAAAAGUAACGGGAUUCUAAUCUAAGCAUGCAUAAAAUCAUACUAAUUAAAACUGAUUAGAGGGCUUUCUUUUCAGGGAAAACUUUAGGAAUCACUACGACGCAUUGACAUUGAGGCAUAAAACUGGGAGGGGAGAACUCUUUACCCUAUCCAACAGCUAUAAUCGUAAAUCACUGUUUCUAGCCUAUUUUUUCCAGUUUGUAAAAAAAAUGUCAUGAUAUCGUGAGCUUUACUAAAGUACAGUUAUAGCUUUUUAAAUUUAUUUGUUUAAGUGCAAACCUCUGAUUUUUGAAUGCGCUUUGCACGGGAGAUUGUCCUCGACGGCAGUUCUAUUCAAUUAACUCCCCUACGACGAUCUUUGGAAAGAAGAUUUGUUAAGUUAAUGAAAGAAACAGCUGAAAACGCAAUCCGAAAAUAGCAUGCAGGCUGAUCUCAUUCGUGCAUAGUAAAUACAACAUAAGGGAGUGGUGUUAACUGGAGGCGAGUACAUGCUUUGCAGAUUCGCUGGACACGUAUAAUGCAUAUUAUUAGUUCUGGGCACGCCUUCGACACACUGCAAUCACGCCAGCCUUAUUUCAAACAAGAUGGCAUCUCCUCCACGGCAAGCUCCAGUUAUUCCCCUGGAACUGCUUUUGGGUGAGGGAGAUGAGGACUACCUAGAGCAUGUGACCAGUCCUGCAUCCCAGGAUUCAUCAUCUCCUCAGUCACCAGCCUCACUUUCUCUUGCUCUUGAGAGUCCAGAAGGUAUUGACUGCCAUGGCAAUGAACGCCAGGCACUUGUGGAGCAAGCCAAAUUCUGCAACAGUCCUUUGCUGAGUGAUGUUAUAUUAGUGGUUGGCAAUGAAAGGUAUUUUGCCCAUAAGCUGAUUCUUGUGCGUUCAAGUGAUGUGUUUGAGCGUAUGUUCAGCUCCGAGUGGGAAUCAACGGUGGCCAAAGAUCAUGAAAUAACUUUGGUGGAGGAAAGCAUGUGUGCAAAAGUCUUCCCUCGCUUCCUGCGGUUCCUGUAUGGCUGCCAUGUUAAGUUGAACAUGGAUACCACCUUGCCUGUGUUGAUUCUUGCUGACAAAUACAACGUCACUGACCUUCGCAGUGUGUGCAUAGAUUUUGCCUGCUCCUUCAUCAUACCAAAACUUCAACUGAAAGAUGUAUUUCAUGUUUGGUUUCAGUAUGCUACAAAGUGUUUCCAUGAAGGUCUUAUACUUUCUUGCAUAACAGCCUUAUCAUCCCAGAUGGAUGAGCUGAUGAGCUCCGCAGAAUGGCAUGAAGAGUGGGUGAAUUUAGAUCGUGACCAACUGAUUGAGUUUUUAAGGUCAUCAAAUCUAAGGGUGAAAGAUGAGUAUGAACUGUGGCAGGCAGUGAUACGCUGGCUGCUGUCUCCUUCACAUCCAAAACGCCUUGACAAUCUGGAGGGGAACCUGGAUGAUAUACUUGAGUACAUUCGCUUUCCAAUGAUGACUGCUGAUCAGCUCAACCAGCUGGAAUUGUCUUCAUUAGUGGAAAGCUACCCUCACCUGUUUCAAAAGCACAUCAUGCAAGCAUACAAAUUUCUUGCCUUGCCUCUCACAACCCGUGCUAAAAUAAAAGAUUUUACAAAAUCCAGUUUUCUUGUACGUAGUUACUGUGACCUUCGGUGGGAUAAGCGCUUUGUUGUCCACAGAUUUUCUUCCUAUCCGAAAGGUGCUGAAGUAAGCUUUAGAUUUUCAACACGGGCUUCUUCAUAUCCUGCCCAGACAUGGGAAUGGGAGCUGAAGGUUCAUCCUAAAGGGUUCUCCUCCACUAGUGAUGACUUUAGAAUUCUUUUGUAUUCUAACUUGAUCCUAGACCAACCUCGACCUGUAGAAUACUAUCUCUCUAUUGUCAACAAUCAUCAGAUUUUGAAGUCUGUCUCUGGCCGCAAAACUUUCUCCAAAACACGCUACACAACAGACACAGAGAUGGACAAAAAAAUUACCGUGGCAGAGUUGAUGGAACUAGGAUCACCUUUUGUUGUCAAUGACUCUCUUAUAUUACAGAUAUCUCUCCGACCAGCUGACUGAAAUGGGAAGAUUUUUUUUCUUUUGAUAAAGCAUUGAUUACUUGGUCUGUCAAAUAAGUCAAUGCAUAGACCCAAAAAUCUAGGGAAAAGAAAAAAGUAUCUAUUUUUGUCCUUGAGUUCUAGAAAAAAAUUUUGCAUUUCUUUUUUCAUUUUUUGGUCAGAUAAAAUAAUCUAAAAUUGAAUAUUUUGUCUUUUCCUUUCAAGACUGUUUACUCCUUAUGGUUUAGAUUCUUGCUUAUCAAAUUGAGAUGUUUUACCUCUACACAUGGUCAAGUGAACUGUAUACAGUAUAAUUUAGAAGCUAUUAGGAACUGGACAAAGUUAAAAGCAUGUAAUUUGCUUAGUAAAUUUGAAUGCUUUAUCAUUUAAACAUCUUUUUUCCUUGUUUUAUUUAAGGUGCCAAUGAAAGUUUGAAUUAGUAUUGAGAAUAGAAAUCUUAAGAUUUUAUGCCAGUAAAAAGGUUGAAUAUUCCUAUGAAUUUUUUGGUGGUAACUCACAUAAUCAUUUAACAAAAUUUUAAAAACUAAAGUAGUUACAGUGCAUCAUUUGGCUUUCUCUCUUGAUAUAUGGACUUCUAUUUACAAGUUGGCCAGAAGGUAUAUUGCAGAUAAUUUUGACACAGCUUUAGUGACUGUUUUUGUGUACAUUUACUGCUGAAUUCCUGCUUUAGUAUUGUUUGGUAUUAGUCUAUUUUUAAUGUUGUAGCUAAGUGACUAAAAUUUCAGUCUUGAUUGUUUGAUGUCAUCAUGUUAUUUGACAUGGAAACCCUCGCUAAAUGGAUCUCACAAAGAGAAAUAUUAAUCUUUUCACUAGCACUUUUUUCCUGUCAUAGAUUUGUAGUAAAGCUACUGUUGUGCAUAUUUUAAUCUAUAUACACAGACAUUAACUCUGUCAUCCUUAUGACUGUACCAUGAACAAAUUUAAAUUUGAAUAGAUUUCAUAUUUUUAUUUAUGUUUAAGAUAUUUAUAUGUUUUGUCUCCUUUGGUUUAAUGAAACAUAUCAGUGGUGACUUUUAGACACCAGGUGUUGUGCUUGUUGAAUUUCACUGAGCUUUUAGUUUUUAUAUGGCCUUGGAUAUCGUUGCAAUAUUUUAAUGUGUCAUUUAUAUUUUUAACACCAGGAAUUACAUUAUCAUAAAUUAUGUAUUAAAAAUAAUUUAUUAUGUGUCCACCCUGGAGGGAAAGCACCCUUGUGUUGUGGCUAGUGUGCUCUGCCUUGGCAUAGAAACUUGCUGGCUUGAGAUUUGCACAGGUCAAUGACUGGAGAAUUCCCUUUGCUCACCUAGCAUUUCUAGGUAUGCGUUUAUUAGGGAGUGUAAAAAAAAAGGCAGAAAAGGUGUUAGGCUCUACCUUCCACAUGCCGUGCCCAAGAAAUGCUAAGCCUGCCUCGUAUACCCACUUGCUGCCAGUAGAGCCAUUGUUUACCUUGAUGUUAUCUUGUUUUGGUUAAGUUUAUUUAUUGUUACUCCUCGAGGAGCAUAGGGCUGCAAUCUUGCUUCAGCUGAGCUUUAUUAGACAUUUACCAUUUAGACUUUUUGCUUUCAAAAACUGUAAAUUCCUGUGUGAUCUAUGGAAAUAUAAUUACAUAAAUGGUUUCAUGAUUUGUUUCUCUUUAUGCUUCUUCUGUUCCCAAUUCUAUUCUUUUUCAUUUUGUUUUCUUUAUUGAGAUCUUGGUUCGUAAAUUACAGCUGUUUAGGAUCUGCAUAUUUAUACAGCUACUUGUAAUAAGUGCAUUAGUACUACUUUUUUUUUUCUUGGUUCCAUAUUUUUUUCCUCAAUGUGUUGUGCUUUAGCAUAACUGCCAAAACAAAGGGGGGCGAGGGUGUGAAGUGGUUUUAUAUAUAUAUACUCAUUCCAUUGACUUUUCAAAUAAUCAAAGGUCUGUUAUUAUAAUCAUCAUUAUUCAGUUACUCUUCGUUAUAUUCUUUCCUUAUCAAAGGAAAAUGUGUUGGGUGUUCUAAGAAUAUUUCUAAAUUGUAAAUGUUAUACCUUUCGUCAUCAUCUAUCACUAUGUCGUAAUUUAUUUAUAUUUCUUGUGGUGCUUAAAUCAUUUGAUCUGUGUAGAUUUCACACUUUGUGCUCACAUGGGAUGCUGUCUCAUAUCUGGUAGUGACAUAUCAAAAGACUGUAUAUAAAUAACAAUUAUCAGUGUUCUUGUGUGCUGUUUACCUUUUAUUUCAUGAACAGAAUCUUUGCACAAUUUAUUCCCUUGGGAUACCUUCUUCUAUGUGUGUGCAUAUAAGAUGUUGGAUAACAAUACAUAAAUAUGCACAUGCAUGUUUACAUGUAAGAAUCAGAGAUUAUCAGCUUCCCACACAUGCUCAUGUCUCAUCUGCAAAUGUUUACCAUGCUAGAUAAGGCCUGUCAUAUAAGAGCCAUUGGGGUUGUUUUGUUAGUCUUCUUUUCUACUUCCUUUCAUUUUUGAUUUGUAUUUGUCAUUCUUCCAUCUCUUUUAAUCCUUUCCCUAUUAGAAAUAGCAAUUAGAUUAGUUCGUGUUGCAUUUUUGACAAUCAUUGAUCAUUAUUAAAAGUUAGUGAGAUUCUUGCUGAGAAUAUUUAAACUAAGCAGGACAUCAAGCUAAUGACUGUAAUGAACAGUGGUUCACAAAACUAAAUGAUGUGCAGAAGCAGCUUGGCGGUAUGCUGAUUAGUCCUCAACUUUUAUUGUUUAAUGUAUCUCCCCUAUCAUAUAGCCCAAUUUUCUAAUUUACUGAUCUGUUCAAUUUUGUCUUGUUUACAUGUUCUAGUCUUUCCUUUAUUUUCAUUAAUAUUUUAUAAUGUAAAAUUCAGUUCAAACACCAUUUCUAUGUCAGUUGAAUUAAGAAGAAAUGGAAAAAAGAAAACAUUUCAGUUGUUCUUGCUAAUUUGUCUUCAUACAUUAAUAUUGGUGUUUAAAACUAUGUAUUGCAUGACUUUACCUGAUCAUUUAUGCCAUUUUUUUUCAUUUAAUAUAAACAUAAGACUAUCAGAUGCAAAAUCUUCUUGAUGUGUUUCAGUAAUCUUUCUCUCAAAUAUAAAAUACAGUAAUUUAAAGAUUUUAAUGAAUGUUAAGCUACAGAAAGAGAACUGGUCAGCAGGGCUUGAUACUGACAGAUUGGUUGGUGCAGAUAACAUGGUAGUGAAUAAGAGGCUAGAAUGUAUUUGAAGAAAAUUUGAUGCUAAAAUAAAAUACUUAAAAUUCUAUGGGUUAAUAAAUACUUUUUCUUGGA